AUGCCUAGAUAUAUUAAUACUUCCUUUACCUACACUUCAAAAUUUGGAAUAGCUCUCCAUUUAAGAAGUGAAAAUGGAGCAUUUGCGCUGGCUGUUUUAGGUUUUAUCAAAUUGUUUUUUAUUAUAAAAUUGUCUCGUAUUAAACACUUGCUAGGUGGAAAUGAUGAUCGAUCUCUGACGUACUUCGCUCAUACGACAAUAAAUCAGUCAUUUCUUAUUAUUGAAAUGUUUCCAUUAUUUCAAGAAAUUGAUUUACUUAUUGCACGUUUGGAGAAUGGGUUUGAAUACGUUGAAAAGUUUACUAUUUGUGAAUUUGGUGAAGCACAUCGAGGAACGGAAAAACCGUUGUACUGGAAUUUAAGUCAGAAUUGGAACAUAUUAGAGAAAUAUCAAUUAAAAAUUGCUUAUUUGCCGUUUAAACAGUUUCCAAAACUCUAUAAAUUGUAUCCAGCUCACUUAGUAGCUAAUAUUAAAUUAAAUGUAAACCGUCCAUUUAUAAUCAUGUGUAUGGCUUUUUUAAGAACGAACAAGUUUUUUCAUGCAAAUCAGGCCGGUUUUCUCGAGGUCAGUCAACAAUAUCUCAGCUAA